UGAACUUUGAGUAUACGUUUGCUUUCGGUUAAGCUACGUCCAGCAGCGUCCACAGUAGUGACUGCUGGCUCGUAAAGCGGACAACUACAGAGACAACCAAGCAGCUCCUGGACGGCGGGACUCGAGAACCGUGAUGUUCUCAGUGGCCCACUUCAUGGUGUCUGACGACAUAUCCGUAAUCGCAUCAGACUGGGUUCAGGAUGGGAAGACUUUCUGGCCCCCUUUCAAGAGCUCAACAAGAGUUACCGCUGCAAUAAAAGGCCGAAUGAAGCCUGACUACGACUGGGAACAAUUCACCUGCAGAGUGUUGUCAUCCACAGACAGUUAUGAAGUUGCCCGUAAGAGAGCAAUAAGGGCUGAAGAGAGAUCUGACGUCACAUCAGAACCUGAGGCAAAUGUAAAACGUACCCGGCGACCUCCAAGGCCGCUGGAUGACUAUUUGACAGAAAGCAGCAGUGACGAAGACCCAACAACCGAAGAACCAACUCCGAGUGAUCACAUGGAAUUUCUUGAUGAGCCCCCACAGGCACCUCUCCCAAGAAACAGUGGAUCCCAGUCUAUCGGAGCCCGAGAGAAAGACUGUGAUGGCAACGUGGUGUGUAAAACCGGAAGAGCAGAAACCACAUCUUCUUCAAACUGCACUCCUCAACCUUGCAAAAAUGUCUUGCUUACAGUUCUCAGGGAACUCGAACAUAUUAAGGUACAGCUGACAAGCCAGGCUCUGACCUUGAGUAGAAUAGAGAGGAAGGUGAAUGGUGAUGCUCCUGCUGCCAUGACUGAACCGGUCCGGCCACAAGACAUGCCAGUCUACCCGGUGGGGACAGAUGAGGAACUUGCUCUUUUGGAGGCCAGUUUGAAGAAUGAGGCCAUUUUUGCAAUGCUUGUGAGGAACUUGGGCCAAAUGGGAGGAGGAAAUGUAGCCCUCGCAACAAAGGCAGUUUUUAAGAAGCUCGUGAAUGAUGAGGUUGCCAUCUUGUACAACUGGACUGGGCGAAAAGGGAAGAAAAAAGCUAGGAAACUGAACAUCACUCCUCUCAUUUUUGCUGCUGUGCGUGUUAACUUCAGCCGUGCCACUGAUGACGAGAUGGGCCAUGCCAUUGGCGAAUGGCUACGUUUUGCUAAUGUGCGACUCACAAAUGCCAAGGCAAAGAAGUCCUAAGCAGGAAGUGCUGGUGAAUCUCAGCUCCGGGAAGAUGAGAUUUGGUGUUUAUUUUUAUUUUAUCCUGUAAAAACACAUUAUUUUCAAUUCAUUAGUAUUUUCCACCUGCUCAGUAUGGCAAUGUUUUUUAUUACAUCUUGUUUUCAUCUAGUCAUCGGGUGUGGACAUUUGUUUUAAAGCCUUUUCUUAAUCAUUUGUCCCAGACAGGUUUUUAAGCUUUUUAUGCCUCUAUUUUUCACCUUUGCAACUCAAACGUUUAUAGCUGCUCGGCAUGAGAAUGCGUAGAGCUCUGAAACGCCCUUACAAUUGGAGUAUGAUGGGAAAUUUUGAGAACAUUUAAUAAAAGAAUAAUAAAGAGAAACAAUUUUUAUAUGAACAGAGUUUACUGCAAACUGUAAGAUGAUAUUUUAGUUCUUAUGGCAUUCAUUUCAAUGAGAAAGUUUGGGAGCAGGAAAGAUAUAAUCAUGCUUUCUUUCAUUAUGGCAAGCUUUUUCCACCAAAAUAAGUGCUUCAUGCAUUCCCGGUGCUAUUUUUUAUGUACCGCAAAUCAGGCUUAAGAUAGACAUCAGCUCAUAGAGAAAUUGAGUUUUUCUUUAUUAUUUUUCGAUCCAUGCUAUAUUGUGUAAAACUUUUGCACCCUACUCCAAAUGCCAAGGUUUCAUUACGUCAGUGUUUGAGCUCGCUGUGAUGUCUAGUUUAUUUUUGCGGUAGAGAAACGCUGUAGAGUUUUCUCGCGCCUUUCUUUAAUUAUGUGAGCUUCAUGAACCUCAUUUACAGGCCUUGAAGCUUUUUCGAAAGCGACAUUUGUUUCCUCAUAAAUGUUCGCUCUUAUUUAUUUCUUUUCUUAUUUUUGUUCAGAAGAAAAAUAAUUUUAACUGCAUAGUCAAGCAAUAUUAUUGUUGCUACUCAUGUACACUU